AUGUUAGUCAGUAUAAUUUCCCAGUAAGCUUUUUUUAUUUGUCAAAGUAGUAAUGUCACUAUUUUGUAAAAUUUUCAACGGUUUUUCAUUCCAAAUACCUCUAUCGGCUAAACAGCAUGUCUUUAAAUAACGUUGCUUCAAAUAGAUUUGUACAAAAUGCAAAAUUGCCGUUAAGAAGUCUGAUUUUAGUACCGAGUGAAAACGAAAAAAGAUUCUGUGGAGAACGCAAAACGCCAACUAUUUUCAGAAAUGAAGAAAAACAGCUGUUAAAGGUAUCUCCUUUGAUCAAAACCAGUAUACAAAGUCGUCAUUAUGCCCAUAAAAUUCCCGACAGAUUAAAAGACGUGGCAACCAAGCCAGAUCCAGAAUUCUUUGAUAUGAUUGAGUAUUUCUUCCAUAGAGCUUGCAUGAUUGUUGAACCAAAAUUAAUUGAAGAUAUAAUGAAGAAAAAAGGAAGCAAAUUGACGAAAGAACAAGCUGAAGAUAGAGUUGAUGGUAUAUUUAACUCGAUGCAACAUUGUGAUGGCCUUUUGGAGUUAGCUCUACCUAUUAAACUAGAUAAUGGUAAAUACGAAAUUAUUGAAGCUUACAGAGCGCAUCAUAGUGGCCACAAAACACCCUUAAAGGGCGGAAUAAGGUUUUCUGAGCAUGUCAAUAGGGACGAGGUAAAGGCACUGUCUGCUUUGAUGACAUUUAAAUGUGCGUGUGUAGAUGUUCCUUUUGGUGGAAGUAAAGGAGGAGUAAAAAUUGAUCCCAGGUGUUACAGUCCUAGCGAAUUAGAGCAAAUAGUUCGAAAAUAUACUUUAGAAUGUAUCAAAAAGUCUUUUGUUGGUCCAGGUCUUGAUGUGCCUGCUCCAGAUAUGGGCACAGGUGAAAGGGAAAUGUCUUGGUUGGCUGAUACGUAUGCUAAAACUAUAGGCUAUUUGGAUAUCAACCACCAAGCAAUAACAACUGGUAAACCUAUAAACCAAGGUGGUAUACACGGUCGAACGCCUGCUACAGGUCGAGGUAUAUUCCAUGGUAUACAAAAUUUUAUAUCUGAAGAAGCUAUUAUGAAAACUAUUGGCUUAAAACCAGGCACAGAAGGCAAAACCGUAAUCAUACAAGGAUUAGGUAAUGUUGGAUUACAUAGCAUGAGAUUUUGCCAUAGAGGAGGAUGCAAAAUAAUCGGCAUUAAAGAAAUCGACGGAUCAAUUUUCAAUGAACAAGGCAUAGAUCCAAAUGCUCUUGAGGAUUAUAAAGUAGCUAAAGGUACGAUAGUAGGUUUUCCAGGUGCUACAAAGUUUGAUGGCGACUUAAUGGAACACAAAUGUGAUAUUUUAAUACCCGCAGCUACUGAAAAAGUUAUCACGUCGAAAAAUGCUGAUAAAAUACAGGCCAAAAUAAUAGCUGAAGGGGCCAAUGGGCCUACUACACCAGGUGCUCACGACAUAUUGGUAAAAAAGAACAUUUUAGUUAUUCCAGAUUUGUACUGCAACGCUGGAGGAGUGACAGUAUCUUACUUUGAGUGGCUGAAAAAUAUUAACCAUGUGUCUUAUGGUCGUCUUACCUUCAAAUAUGAAAAAGAUUCCAACUACCAUCUGCUACAAUCAGUACAGGAGUCCCUAGAACGGAAGUUUUGUGAAGUAGGUGAUAUUCCCAUAGUUCCAUCCGAAGCAUUUCAGAAGAGAAUUGCUGGAGCUUCCGAAAAAGACAUAGUUCACUCUGGUUUGCACUAUUCUAUGGAAAGAGCAUCCAAGAGAAUUAAGAAAACUGCGAAGAAGUACAACUUGGGAAUAGAUUUUCGAGCUGCUGCAUAUGUAAACUCUGUAGAAAAGAUUUUCGUCACUAUAAAUGAUGCUGGUUUUGUUUAAUUUCAGUGAAAACAAUGUCUUUGUUUUAAAUAUUGCACGUACAUUUCAAAUCUUCUGUUUUUAAUAAAUUUUUUAUGGUU